AUGGAUGUUUUUCUAUUCUUCUUGGCGCUUUCCUACUUGGUGAAGAUAUUGACUGCAUUUUGCUUACCAUCAGAGGUAAGAGUGGAAAACAAAACUGAAUGUAUGAAAUCCUGUCCAUGGAAAACAUCCAUGUUUAGACAAAUAUGCUACGACGAAUGUCCUAUCAACUCAAAUGAAAUUCAAACAGAGCUUGGAACAUUUUGUAACAUAGAGCAUGAUUUUGAAUGCCAACGCGCGUCUUGUACGGAUAACUUUCCUAUGUGUUACAGAAUGAACUGUUUAAAGACAUGUCCAGAGUAUGCAGUUCAAUUUCAAAACAACUGCAUUCUGAAAUGUCCCAGCACGCACUCUUUUAUGGUUUCCACAGAUUGUGAAGGACCUUGUCUAACAGGAAACAAAACAUGUUUCAGUUCCUGUCCACAGUCUCAUCCGUUUUUAUUUCAAACACCAAGGUCCAAACAUUGCCUGCAACAGUGUCCUCAAUAUACUUUUGAAGAUGCAGUUAAUAAAACGUGUCACCUAAAUUGUCUAAGUAAAGAACCGUUUUUAUACAAUAGAACCUGUAUUGAGACUUGUCCUUCAUCCAGUCCAUUCGUAUUAACAUUGACCACAGAAUAUAAUUCAAUCUCUCAAUGCUCUGACUCUUGUUUAAAAAAUGAUGUUGUGGAUGGAGAAUUUUGCGUCAAUGCUUGUCCAAAAGGAAAACAUUUAUUAAACAAUACUUGUGUAGAAAACUGUCCUCUGUCUCAUCCUUUGAUGUACCCAAACAAAGAAGGAAUUUCUAUAAGUUCUAUAAGAAACUUUGGCAAGGCAGAUUUCAUGUGUGUUAAUUCCUGCAAUUUGGAAACAAAUUCUAUUGUCAAAUACAACUUGGAAUUCGAUAAGAAGUGUUUGAAUACGUGUCCGCAAAAUUCACAUUUCGCCUAUAAUGGCUCUUGUCUUUCGCUUUGUCCCUUGUCGCAUAGAUAUAAUGUUGAUUACAACAAUUACUAUCUAUGUGUGGCAUCGUGUCCUAAUGACAAGUUCAUUUCCAACGAAACGAAUUGUCGUAGCUCCUGUCCAGCAGAAGAAAAUUUUAUGCAUAAUAAAACUUGUUACAAGCAAUGCCCAUUAGAAGCCAAAUAUCGAAAGUUAAACAUUUAUUUAUCUCAAUAUGAAUGUUUUGAAAAUUGCCCUGAAAACUCUCCUCUGAUUUUCAAUCACACUAUAUGUAUGGAUAAAUGUCCAAAUAAGGCAAAAUACAAAAGUAAUGGAACAUGUGUUGCACAGUGCCAAGACGAGCUAAAAUAUGCAAUAGAGAUACGUACAAGUUAUGGAUUUUAUUUCCAGACGACUGAGUAUUCUUGUGUUAAAAACUGUCCAAAAGAAUAUAUCGUUUCUGGGAACAAUUGUGUUAAGGAAUGUCCUCAUGACAAAAAUCAUGUUUUUAAUAGCACUUGCCUCAAUACAUGUCCAGCUACAUUCAGCUUUAAAAAACUUGAAGGAGGUCAUUACAAAUGCAUUGCAGCUUGUCCUUCGGAAACAUUCGUUUAUAACAAUUCGAAUUGUGUGUCUACUUGUCCACCCGAAGCUCGUUAUCAAAAUAACAAAACUUGCGUUGCGAAUUGUUCAGAUGAACUGAAGUAUAAAUUUGAUAAUUUUAGCACUAUAUCUGUGAACUGGAGAGAUAAAAAGAACAUAUAUCAUUAUUUCUGUCUAACAGAAUGUCCAUCAAAUAGACUCUACUACCUUGAUAACUGUGUUAAGGAAUGCCCAAAGGAAGCAAAUUAUCUUUUUAACAAAACAUGCAUCACAUCAUGUCCAAAAAGAAGUAGCUAUGGUUUUUUAACUGGGAAUUACUACACCUGCUAUGAUGACUGUCCUGCUAACACGUAUGUAUACAAUCAAUCCCUCUGUGUUUCCGUGUGUCCAAAGGAUAAGAAUUUCGAAUUUAACAAUACAUGCUUUGACAGAUGCCCAGAUUCAAGUGAUUUCAUAUUUCACGAUGGUUCAUAUUUUAAAUGUAUGAAUUCAUGCACCUCUUUGUUAAUGCUUAACAAAACAUGUUACAAAAACUGUCCUGCGGAGGCCAAAUUUCAGGAUAAUGGAUACUGUGUCCAGGAAUGUAGAGACGAAAAAAGGAAGUACAAAUUUAAAAAUGUUACCAUAGUUUCCAGCAAUCAGAAAAUAGAUAAAUAUUAUUGUUUACAUAAAUGCCCUGUUAACACAUUUGAUUUAAAUUUCACUUGUGUUUCUCACUGUUCUCCGGAUACACUUGAACUGGACAAUAAAUGUGUCCAGUCUUGUCCAAAUGAUAGAUCACUGAAUUAUACAACGAUCAAGGGGAAACAUUCCUGUGUGUAUUCCUGUCCCUAUCAAACAUUUAAGUUUGAACGGAAUUGCUUCGAUCAAUGUCCAUCCAGUUUUCGGCACCAUCUUGGCACGUGUAGACUAGAGUGUCCACAAUCACAUCCAUACACAGAUAUUGUGACCCAAAAGUGCUUAAGCACUUGUGAAAAUAAUUUUGUAAUUGUGGAUAACAAUGUUUGUGAUAAAAAGUGCCCACAUGAUAAACAAUACAUUGAGAAAAAAACGUGUGUGAAAUCUUGUAGGAAUCCAAAUUCAUUUCUUCAAGUGGCCAAGCAAGGAACAUUUUGUCAUGAUAAAUGUCCUCAUCAUUUGCUCCUUAUGGAAAACAAAGGGACCUGUGUAGAGAAAUGUCCAGAUAAUAAGCUUAUAGUUGAUAGUGUAUGUCGAUCCCUAUAUAAAUGUCCAAACCAUGCGUAUCUCGAACACACUGAUGUUGGCAAAAGAUGCACAAAUAGAUGUUCAUUUACGUUUUACUUGGAUGGAAGCCAUUGUGUCAAAGAAUGUCCUCCAGAAAAGGUGAUUGUUAACGCAAUGUGUGCAGAUGAAUGUCCGCCGAGUCAUCCGAUAACUUACAAAGAUUUCGGAUCUUCCAAACCACGUGUUAAAUGCUACGCAGUUUGUCCUAACAACUAUGUGCUGAAUGGCACAACAUGUAUAGAAGAAUCUGAUUGUCACAAAGCGAAACAUUUUUCAUAUGAACAUAUCUGUUACGAUGCUUGCCCAGGUGGUACAGGUCUCUCUGGAGAUUUCACAUGUGACUCCUUAUUGAAAUAUAUAUUAAUUACUAUAGUGCUCCUUAUUCUCACAAUGGUUUUGUUUGCUGUAUUUUAUUAUGUAACUUGUUUUACUGGCUGCAAACCUAAGAAAUUAAAAGAAACAAGGGUACAGAAAAUAAAGACCCACUUUCAGUUGGUGACUCGAAACAAAAACAAGGAGAAGAAUACGAAAUACAUCAUAAAUUUUAAGAAGGGAAAGCACGAAACGGCCGAAAUUCUAGAAGUGAACAACACCAAUCGAACUGAUACAGAUAAUGAUCUUGAAGAUGUGGUGGAACUAAAUGAUGGAUUCAAACCUAUUUCUUUUCGGAGGCGUAAUGUAUAAUAUAUA